AUGACCACCAAACCAAUCAAGAAUAACAACCAAGAGAAAAGCCAAAAGCAAGAAGAAGGACAAGAAGAAGAAGUAACAACAAUGACCAACGAAGCGACUCCCUCCCCAGACUACAACAAAGAACUCCGAAUCGCCUCCCUAGCAGUCCACCGCGCCAGCAUCCUCACCAAAAUCGUCCAAAGAGACCUCGACAUAGGCCCCAUCCUCAAACCCGACAGUUCGCCCGUGACCGUCGCCGAUUUAGCCGCUCAGGCGAUCCUCGUCAGCGUUCUCCGUCAUCACUUCCCGAAUGACGUGUUUGUGGGCGAGGAGUCUGCGCCUGUGCUUCGCGGUGACCCCCUGCUUGCGCGGCGGGUGUGGGAGCUUGCGUCUACAAUGACGUGGGUUGAUAAUGAUGAUGAUGGUCGGGCUUUGGCUGUGGGGCCACGAUCUAUAGAGGAGAUGCUGGGUGCAAUCGGUGGGGAUGGAGCUAGGGGUCAGCGGACCUGGAUUCUUGAUCCGAUUGAUGGGAUGGCGACGUUUAUACGAGGACAUCAGUAUGCGGUUUCCGUGGCGCUGGUGGAGGAUGGGGAGCAGAAGGUCGGUGUUGUCGGGUGUCCGAAUCUGGCGUUUAAGAGCAUUUCUGUCCAUGAGGAGGUCGUCGAUAGAGAUGGGUAUGGGAUGAUGUUACUCGCUGUCAGGGGUCAAGGUGCAUACAAGAGACGGAUGAGCCUGUCCAGUCUGGGGCCUCUGCAGAGGAUUUCCCUGAGUCCGUGGCAAAGAAUGGGGGAGAAAAUCACGUUUACUGAAAGCUCGAUCAGUGGUAUUAUCCAUCAGGAGAAGCACAAGUUCAUCAGGGACAUAUUAUUCGCCAAUCCGGUGGUAGACCUUUACUCUAUGCAAGUCAAGUAUGCAGCCUUAGCAAUUGGUGCAUGCAACGCGAUGAUUCGCCUUCCCAAGGACAAGGACCACCGGUUCCCUGCAUGGGAUCAUGCCGGGGGAAUGCUCAUCUUUGAGGAAUCCGGCGGCAAGGUUACUGACCUAUAUGGCCGACCUUUCAACUAUGCUCUUGGGAGAAGCUUGGCUGACAAUGAAGGCUUGGUGGCAGCUAAAUCAGUGCUUCAUACCGACCUUCUGCGCUAUACACGCUAUGUUUAUGGGAGAAAUAAGUCUAAGCGGUGCAUGCAACCGACAUGA